GGCUGCCUCCGCCUGGGAAUCUGCCAUUCAGGACUAAAUCGACAGCGAUACAGGAACCCAGCCUGCUGAUUUGUGGCACGAUACGAUGAAGGAAAGCUACUGACGCCAGCUCUUGUCUCAGCUGCCAGGGAUCGGGGCAAACUUGCUGGUGACUUCUUGUUGACUAGCCACAGCUACAUGGAACCAACAUUUCAAACACUUGUUUGAGAAGGAAGAGUUAUACUCCAGCUACCCCUGCAUUUCAGAAACGUGUGGGCUGACCUGGGAAAGGAGAAGCCAGAAAGGCAGCUGUGUUGAAGACAAUGACUCAUAUGUUUUUGCUGUGCUGCUUAGUGUUUCUUUUGCCUACAGAGUCCUGUAGGACAUUAUGCCAGGCUGCCAGACAAAGCAAGGAGGAAGUGUCUGCCAGAACACAUGGUACAUGCAACGGUGUCUGUGUGAACAAUUCCAACUGCACUCAACCUUGCCCCCCUGACACUCCAGGAAAUGUGGGGUUUGUAUGUAGGCAAAAGAAAUGGUACAAGAUCACUGAUACCUGCCGGACUCUUACAGCCUUUAACAUUUUUGAGGAGGAUUCAGCGAUAAUGGGAGCAGCUCCAACAAGUACAAAAAUAUAUGAAGAUGUCAAAUCUGAGGCCAUUGCAGAUAUGUUGUUGCAGAGGUGUCCGAAGGAUUUGUCCUGUGUCAUCACCAACAUUCGGCGUUCUCCGAGGAUACCGGGCAACAUCGCUGUCAUUGUGCAGCUCCUACACAACAUAUCAGCAGCAGAGCUGAUAACAAAUGUGGACAAAACAAAGAUGCAGAGUUACAGCAUCAUGGCCAACCACAUUCUUGACAGCAAAAGCAUCUCAAACUGGACCUUCAUCCCUGAAAAAAACAGCAGCUGUGUGUUACUACACUCGGUCAAUACCUUUGCAAGAAGGCUACUUAUAAAUAAACAUCCCAUUGACAUACCAGAUGCCUUCAUUCAUACUAUGGGAACCAUCAUAUCUGGAGAUAACAAUGGAAGGAAUUUAACUUUCUCAAUGAGAGUUAAUGACACUCGCAACAACGUCACUGGGAGGGUGUUGAUCAGCAGAGAUGAAGUUCAGAAGGUGCGUUCCCCUUCUCAGUUAGUCAGCAUUGCAUUUCCAACACUUGGAGCCAUCUUAGAAGCCAGUCUUUUGGAAAAGAACACUGUGAAUGGGCUUGUCCUGUCUGUCAUUUUGCCCCAAGAACUUAAAAGAAUCUCACUGGUUUUUGAAAAGAUCAGGAAUUCCGAGGGGGGGCAGACACAGUGUGUCGGCUGGCACUCCUUUGAGAGCCGAUGGGAUCAGCACGCCUGUGAGAUGAUUCAAGAAAACUCCCAGCAAGCUGUUUGCAAAUGUAGACCAAGCAAGUUGUUUACCUCAUUCUCCAUUCUUAUGUCACCACACACCUUGGAGAGCCCCAUCCUGAUUUACAUCACGUACAUAGGACUGGGCGUUUCUAUCUGCAGCUUGAUCCUUUGCUUGUCCAUUGAGGCCUUGGUCUGGAGCCGAGUGACGAAGACAGAGAUCUCCUAUUUACGCCACCUGUGUAUUGCCAACGUUGCAGCCACCUUGCUGAUGGCCGAUGUGUGGUUCAUUGUGGCUUCCUUUCUUAGUGGUCCAAAAGCACACCAUGAUGGAUGUGUGGCAGCAACAUUUUUUGUUCACUUCUUUUACCUUUCUGUGUUUUUCUGGAUGCUUGCUAAGGCACUUCUUAUCCUCUAUGGAAUCCUGAUUGUUUUCCAUACACUGCCCAAGUCAGUGCUAGUGGCAUCUCUCUUUUCAGUGGGCUAUGGAUGUCCUUUGGUCAUUGCUGUCAUCACAGUUGCUGCCACUGAGCCUGGCAAAGGCUACCUGCGGCCUGAGGCCUGCUGGCUCAACUGGGACAGGACCAAGGCCCUCCUGGCCUUUGUGGUCCCAGCUGUGGUCAUUGUGGCAGUAAACCUGAUCACAGUGACAUUGGUGAUUGUCAAAACCCAGCGACCUGCCAUUGGCAGUUCCAUGUUCCAAGAGGUGAGAGCCAUUGUGAGAAUCAGUAAGAACAUCGCCAUCCUCACACCCCUGCUGGGCCUGACCUGGGGAUUUGGAAUAGCCACAGUCAUCGAUGAUACCUCCCUGGUCUUCCACAUUCUCUUCUCUUUGCUCAAUGCAUUCCAGGGAUUCUUCAUCUUGGUGUUUGGAACAAUCCUGGAUCCAAAGAUAAGAGAAGCCUUAAAGGAUCGAAUAACUUCUGCAAAAUGGAUCUCCAGAGCAUCAGAGAACCUUUCUUCUGAUUAUUCUUGUCACCCCACCAAAGGGCCAAGUUAACAAACCAGCCUACUAUGCUCCUAAUUCGGGAGGUCAUACAUUCCAGGAACAGCGGAGCCUCCAGGAGAAAUGUGCUUAUUCCUGUGUUCUUGCCUCUGGGGAGUAUGAAGGAAGCCUCCCAGGCUGUGGUGCUGAUGGCAGAGGGAGCAACAUGAGGAAAGGAUGGAAAGCCUCUCUGCCUACCUACUUCUGCGCUGCUAAUUGCUCCUCCCACAUCAACUGGCAACAUCUAUGUGUGAUUCUUGGCACCCAUGAAGGAACGGAAAGACUACAUGGGCCACAGCUGGACUUUGGUCUUAUUGGGGCCUCCAGCUCCAGACUGUGGGUCACGUUUACCCCUGGGCUAUGGCUCAUCUCGGCAAAGGUGGCCUGGGAUGUCACUUGGCUGGAUUCUGUGGGUUGCUGAGGGAGAGGCCCUUAUGAAUAUAGUCACCAACAACUGGGCUGACUCUAAGUAGGUCAUUGAUGGCUCUUUGUACAAGAGGAAUCCCACUGCUGGUGUAUUCCACCCUCCAGAUUUAAACUGAUCUUCAGGCUCCCAGUCCUGGACUUUCUCCAAACCCAAGGAGCCAGUUCUCUGGGACUCUGUCUGUUCUGACAAUGUAAGAUUAACCCUCACCAGCAAUAUGUUUGUUUUUGAAACCUGGGCUGAGGAAGAGGAAAUAUCAUGUUUUAGGUAGAGAGAUGCUCGUUUUCUUAAUCUUGUAUGUAAACAAAUUCAACAUUCAAAGUGGGAGCCCCCUGAUAAGAAAGCAUUACUGUAAGAACAAGCUCUUUUAGAAAAAAACAUUUAAAAGUUCUUUAUAAAGGGAGAACACAGGCUGAUGCAGCAGAAGAAAAUUAGUGGAUAAAGGAAAAAAGGGCAAUGGGAAACCCCUAAUUAUCCUACCAGGAAGCCUGCAUUAAUGAAGUUACAUUACAAAUGAGACCAUGAAACUCACUUUAUGAAUGACUGGGGCAUUUCUCGCUCAUUCUCUCUCUCCCCGCCCCCCAAUCUCUCCCCUCCCCCACAAUGUUUCCUCUAGAUAGGAAACCUUGAGAAAUAAAAAUAAAAUAAAGAGGUCAAUCAGAAGGUAAAAAAUAUACCAACCUGAGGAGUGGAUCAUGUUUCAAGUUGCACUGCUCAUGUUGGAACAACAAUUGCCCCUUUCUCACAUGAAGUCAGAAAGUGGUUUGAGCUCAGCAUUUCCCAAAAUGUCUGUAGUGUCUCUUCAGGAGAAAGGAAUGGGACAGACACAAUGCUGGUUUCUCAAUGUAGAGAUUUCAAGAGCAAAGAAAUGUCACUUACACAGAGUAAUAUAUUGAAAUGAGGAGGGAAUCCUGUAAAGUCAAAUAGUCAUAGUAUUAUAUAUCUGGAACUUUAGAAAACACUGGGUCCAACUGUCUCAUUUUACAGAUGGGAACUCUGAACACAAGAAAGAGGGGUGGUGGGGGGGAGAGAGAGAGAGCACUCAUAUGUAUUGUGCGUCGAGCAGUUACAUCUAGCAUGAAAGCACACUCUACUCCAGUAAGAUGGCAGGGAAAACAUCUCCCUAGGGAUUAUCAUUAACUAAGAAAGGCCUAUGGAUGAAAAGAGAGGUACUCUGGAAUUAUUUGGGAACCCCUUGAACAAACUGUUCCCUGUCUCCUGCAGCCCACAGCCUAGUCCACCCCAUCCUGAAAGAUGUCAAUAAACUUGCACAGAUUAGGUUGACUGUGGAAGACCCCCAGGUGAAGACACAUUCCAUGUCCUGUUCACACCUCACCUAGGAAGUGACUCAGUCAGGUGGCUCAAGGAAACAUUGGUGCUAACAGCAUCUAUGGCAGAUGCAUGAUUAGACUACUUAAUACAUGGUGAUCUUUGACAGUUAUUUAAAAUUCUUAGACUUUAAUUUCUUCAUCUAUAAUUUGAGCAAAUUAGAGACUACCUCUUAAGGUUGUUGUAAAGAUUAAAUGAAUAAUUGUAGGUAAAUAGUAGAAUAGUGUUUGGCAAAUACUAUUUGCCCAUUAAAAUAUUAGCAGCUUUCAGUAGAGUACCUGUGAUUUAUGCACACACACAAGCAAACACACAGCUAAACAAUGAGUUCGGAUAUAGACACUCUCAUGGGAGUUAGUCCAGUGACUUCUAAAUAAGAGUUAAACAUUUGAUUCAGCACAAAGUGUUUCAUCCAGCAGAAUCUGCUGAGCUUGCCAUUGAAGGAAUCUUUCCCUCAAUGUUACCAUGGUUGUAAAAUAUGGUCCCUUGCCUGGGAAAGAGCAUCCACCAUGGGUUCUACUCAGGGCACCCUCUGUCUGGGCUCUGAUUCACUCUUUGCCUUCCCUGGGAAGACUUUCCUGAUUAGUCCAACCAGAAGUGCUGGUUCUCCCCACCUGAUUUCCUUUGAUAUUUAUAAUCUGUGUCAUUCACUUCACAUUUAGUAUUUAUUGUUACAUUGUUGAACUUUAGUCUUUUUGUGUGCAUGUAUUUCCCAGACUGUUAACUUCUGGAGACAGGAUAAUUCAUGUGUGUUACUGUAUGCUCAA